CCUUCAGCCGAACAUUUGACACAGUGCGUCUCGCGUCCGCUGGUGUUAGUGCGAAGCAGUUGGCAUAACUUGUCAGGUACGCGCGCAUAUCCAAGAACGUAUGCAUUUCUCUGGCGGGAAAGUGAUUUCACGUGCAUGCUGCUGUUUAUUCCAAGUAAAGUCGCUGGAGGAAUGUGGGAAUGUGGCGUAAAGGCGCGUCUUGACGGUGAGUGCGAAGGACUUUUGCUCUUUCCCUCCAAGCUCCGGAGUUGAUUUCGCAAUACGUUUUGCAUGAAAAAGGCAACACAGGAAACAAAUGACACGCUUUGAUCUCGUUUUCUUUAUUCAACUCCCAUUGAAACAAGUAAAGUGGAGUGCGCACAAGAGGUUACCAAAUAAUGCAUGUGUUAUGGAUUGACGGAUCUGUCCACGCUUCCGCGCCAGCAUCAUUUCUCUUUUCAUAGAUUCCAUACCUGCUUAUUCUUGACCUUGACAUCAUGACUGAGUUAAAUAACUUGACGUCACUUUUGAAUAAUGUGACCGAGCUUCAAAACCGAGGAUGCUCGUUAACCAAAACUGGUUUUCAGUUUUACUACUUACCCACCGUGUACAUUAUCGUGUUCAUCACGGGAUUUAUUGGAAACAGUUUGGCCAUAUGGAUGUUCGUGUGUCACAUGAGGCCAUGGAGUAGCAUCUCCGUAUAUAUGUUCAAUUUGGCGCUUGCGGAUUUUUGUUACAUACUCUCGCUUCCUUUUCUCAUUAUAUAUUACUUCAAUAAAACGAACUGGAUAUUUGGAGACGUACUAUGCAGACUGCAAAGGUUCAUUUUCCACGUGAAUCUCUACGGAAGCAUCUUGUUCCUGACGUGCAUCAGCGUGCACAGGUAUACCGGCGUGGUCCAUCCUUUGAAAUCACUGGGAAGGCUCAAGAAGAAAAACGCGGUGCGCACGGUCGCGCUCGUGUGGCUCAUUGUAGUGCUUGGAAUCUCUCCGAUCCUCUAUUACUCGCGUACGGGUCCCAAGAAAGAAUACACGACUUGCUACGACACCACGACAGAGGACGAGCUGCCCGGUUACUUUGUAUACAGUAUGUGCAUGACGGUGUUUGGCUUCUGCAUCCCGUUUAUUAUAAUCCUGUGCUGUUAUGGAGGUAUCGUCAAGGCCCUCAUUUACAAUGACAUGAACAAUGCCCCACUGAGGAAGAAAUCCAUUUACCUGGUCAUCAUCGUUCUCACAGUGUUUGCCGUCUCCUAUUUGCCCUUCCAUGUCAUGAAGAACCUGAACAUGAGGGCUCGACUGUACUUCCAGAGUCCAGACAUGUGCAGUUUUAAUAAUAGAGUGUAUGCCACUUACCAGGUGACAAGGGGCCUGGCCAGCCUUAAUAGCUGUGUGGACCCUAUUCUAUAUUUUUUGGCUGGGGACACAUUUAGACGCAAGCUCUCCAGAGCCACCAAAAAGGCCUCCAGAAAAGGAGAUUACCCUAUCCAGUCCAAGAGCGAGGAGACGGCGCUUAACAGCCUGCCAGAGUACGUCCAGAAUGGGGACAAUGAGCCUAAAAGUGUUUAGAGAAACGUGUUUUACAUGAAAUGCCAUCUGUAAUACCUGUGUAUAGUAAAUUAAACACAUUCCCUUAGAUUGAUGGGAUUCUUUAUAGAUUUAAAAUGUGACUCUGCCUGGGAAAACCAGGCUAAAGUUUCAUAUGAGAUAAUAAGCGUAAAAGUUUGAAAGUUUUAUUUCAACCAUUACAUUUCCCCAUGAUUUCCAUCUUUGACAUGGCCUUAUUCAGUCAAUAUUUGAGGACGUCUGUUUUACAGAAUGUUCUUUUCAUUAUGUAUGUAUGAAAACAGUAAAUCACGACUAGCUGCGUUCUCACAGACAGGGUCACAAAUAUUAGAAAUCAAUGUACUGUACUCUUGUCAGUGUUACUCAUUUAUUACUUUUGCAGAGUAUAUUAUUUCAUCUUGCGUGAUUUUUUUUUUGUAAAAAAAAAUGAAACAAAACUGCCUGCUGUGUAACUUCAAACUAAAUCUGAACAAAUGAGCUAUCACUAAACCAACUGUUUAAUUUAAUAUUGACAAUUAGAUUAAAAACAAUAAGCACUGUUUCCUGUUUGAGAAUGCUUGAAUGACACAUAGCACAUAUUAGUCCCUGUGUUGUGUUUGUUCUCAGUGAAUAGUUAAGAUGCACUAUAGGUUAAAAAUAAAUAACUGUGUAAUUGUCUACCUGUGGACUAGUACAUUUAAGGCAUCCAGGUUUCUUCUGACUUAGAUGUAUUUAUUUAGAUUAUUGCGCUGUUACUGUAAGAAUGUACUGUGUAGAUCAUGUGGAUUUCAGCCUAUUAUGAAGGGACUGUUAUAAUCAAAUCAUCUGUAUAAACUAUGUAAAUAAUAUAAGGGAGAGCAGGGCACAACAUAACGCUUUUUGGUUUUUGGUUCAAUCAUUACAAAAUAUUCAAGUAAGAUUAAUCAUAUUUUUACAUAAGCACCACACAUAUCUCUACUACAAAUGAAUACAUUAAUUUGAGUCCUGAACUAGAUUUAAAGGGAUAGUUCACCCAAAAAAAAAAGGAAAAUUCAUUCAAUGUGUUGUUACAAACCUGUAUGAAUGUAUUUGUUCUGAUGAACGCAAAGGAAAGUAUUUUGAGGUAUUUUGAAACCGCUCAGUAAAGUUUGUUUGUAGAACCUACCUUUCUCAUACAAUUACACUGAAGGUGACGAAAUGCAAAUGUUACAACUUACCCAAUAGGUGGGGUUAAAUAGUAACAGAUAGAGGGUUUGUUGUAACACUUGCUAGAAAAUUAUAUUUAAACACAAAUAAUUCAAUACUGUUUUGUCUAGCAUAUAUAAUACAGGUAGAUAUUGUUUGUACAUCUGUCUAUGUAACUGAUGUAUAUCCACAUAUAGGCCUACAUCCACCCCUUACACUUUAUCCAAGCAUCCUUCCAUUAUUCAUCCAUGCAUGUGGACAUACAAUUAAGACAAAAAAAUGAUUGUCCAUUAUUUCCCCUGAUAUUGUAUUAAGAGUAUCAUUUUGAUUAAUUAAUUUACAUUGUUUUCAUUUAAUUAUCAUUGUAUACAUGAGGCUUAGUUUUAAAACUGUGUUACAACAAAGCCUGCUGUGUAAAAAUGUUUUUAAUCUUAGCUAACAGUUACGAGUUGUUGACAUGUUGUUGACACCAUUUAAAAUGGUGUUUUAAGUAAAUAUAUAAUAUAGUUAUCUUCUUUCAUGGCUCCAAAACACUCUUUGUCUAACAAAAACAUAUAAAAACAUCACACAUUUAUAGGAGAUUGUCUUCUGGAGAAAAAGACCAAAAGCACAGAUUGCUCGCCCUGUGUAAAUAUGUAAAAAAUAGCGUUACGUUGUGCCUCGCUCUCCCCUAUUUCAUCUUAAUGACCUGUGGCAUUGUGGCUAAAAAUACAAAGACCUAUCUGUAAAAUUA